AAGGCUCCACCGAGGCAUCCUCCACAACCGCCAGAGAGCCCUCGCCUUCUCCAGCCACACCACGGGCCUCCUGCGGGGGAGCGGGGAGGGUCCUCCUCAGGGAGAAGAUCUGGGUGGGGCCAGGACGGGGGUCUUAGCAGUGGAGCUGAGGAGCUUGUGAAGCUGGACUUGGAGACUCCGAGGGCCUUCAUGGAGGAUGCAUGCUAAAGGCACCCGGGAAGGAAGGAAGGAAGGAAGAAUUUACUGGGGGAAUUCAAAUUGCCAGCCGCGCACGGGGAGAGACGGGGGGGGGGAAAUGAUCUUGCAAGACUUGAGCCCCGGAGCCCCGGAUGCCACCCUGGCGAUGCCCUUCAGGAAUGGAAGCCUUGGCAGCCCCUCCCCCUUCACCCUGAGGGGCUUGCCCGGCCUGGAAGCUGCCCACUUCUGGCUGGCGUUCCCCCUGUGUGCCAUGUACGUGGUGGCCCUGGUGGGCAACUCCGUCGUGGUGCUGGUGAUAAAAACGGAGCCUACCCUCCACACGCCCAUGUACUUCUUCCUGGGCAUGCUGGCAGGGGUGGACUUGGCGCUGGCCUCCUGCACGAUGCCCAGGCUCCUUUCUCUCUUCUGGCUUGAUGCCAAGGAGAUCGCCUACCGGACCUGCCUGCUCCAGAUGUUCUUCAUCCACUCCCUCUCGGGCAUGGAGUCCACCAUCCUGCUGGCCAUGGCCGUGGAUCGGUACGUGGCCAUCUGCCGCCCGCUCCAGUACUCCACCAUCCUCACCAACUCUGUGACGGUCAAAGUGGGCAUCGUGGCUCUGGUGAGAGGGGUGGCCUUCUUCCUCCCUCUACCCUUCCUCAUCAACCGGCUGACCAUCUGCAACAACCGGGGUCUUCGGCAUUCCUACUGCCUCCACCAAGACAUGAUGAACCUGGCGUGUGACGAAAACACCCUGAACAGCGUCUACGGCCUGGUGGCCAUUAGCCUGGUGAUGGGCCUGGACUUCCUGCUCAUCCUGGUCUCCUACCUGCUGAUCCUGAAGGCCGUCCUGGGGCUGAGCUCCUGGGAGCAGCGCCUCCGGGCUUCUGGCACCUGCGUGGCCCACCUCUGCAUGGUGCUGGCCUUCUACGUGCCCCUGAUCGGCCUCUCUGUCAUUCACCGGUACAGGAAGGACGCGCCUCUCCUGCUCCAGGCCCUCAUGGGCAACAUCUACCUCCUGGUUCCACCUGUGCUCAACCCCAUCGUCUAUGGGGCCAGGACUAAAGACAUCCGAAAACGGGUCUUAAAGUACAUGAGACUCAGCAGGGACAGGGAGCCUCACUGAAGCCAGUUGUGUGUAGAGAACUAAGUGGGUUUGGGCUUUCUUAUUCCCGGGGGGGGCAGAUGGACACUGACCACAUCUGGAGUCCAUUGGGUCCCAAGUCAGCUGCCACCUUCCACAGGUCCCUGCAGCCUUCCUGUUGCGGUGGCCAAAAUCCUAAUUUUUGACCUCCUUGUGGAGGCUGAAACUGCUUCCCCAAUCCCUGGAUUGCGCAAACUGACCCUAGGAUGGACCUUACUAGCCCUUCUUCUGCACCUUUGCUCACCACAGCUGGACCCACAGCUUCUUCUAAGAUGCCUGCAUGUCCCUGUCCCCCAUUAUCAGAGGAGGCCUCAUCACCCCAGAAGAAGAUCUCCAGGGGAUCAACUGAUAAUCCUCCAGCUUCUCUGUAAAAUUAAUCAUUAAAUGAUGAUGAUGAUGAUGAUGAUAAAAAGGAGGAGGAGGAGGAGGGCUUCAGAACCUGUGAAAUCAGAGAGAUCCAUUGGCCUCUACUGAAGCUUCUGUCUCUUGCUUGAGGUCCACGCACUAUGAAGGAUUGAGAUAUGGUGGUCAGGGAAAGAUGUUGGUUGAAAAGGGACCUCCUUGAGGGGCUGGCAGGGAGCAGCUUGGAAGAGUGGUCCUCUGCCUCUUUUCUAAGGACCACUUCCUCCUGGACUGGACACGACCUCGAAGGCUGCAGGAACUCCAGAACUUAAUUGCAGAACUUCCUAAACUGAGGGCUCCUUUUCUGGGAUGACAUUGAACAAAGUGAAGGCCAUCCAGAAAUGUUUUAUGUCCACCUAAGAAUAAACCUCCUUCCAGUUGGCCUCUGUUUGGCUCUGCUUAGAAGUGUGUCUAUCCUGUCUAGCACAGUUGAGGACGGAGGUACCUCACAGCUCCCAGGAAGAUCACACACCUGUGUCUGUGGUUAGAACAAUUAACCAGUGGAACAGCUUGCCACCAGAA